UGUUGGUUAUAUGCACAGGCAACCAAUUGCAUGUUUUUAAAAUAUUGUGCUUAAAUAACAAUGCACAAUGCAUUUCUGAAUUAAACUGAGCAGUAGUUUUCUGUCUAUUUGCCUUGAUGUACUUAAUGCAUUCGAAUCUUUUCCAUGGGCCUGAUCGGUCCGGAUAAUGCAACAGUACCAAUAGGGCACGUUCACACACAGCAACAUCGGUCGUACGAUUCUUUUGCCGUACGAUCUCCUUUUCACACUAGAGCGACUUUUAUCCGUACCGAAUCGCAGUUUUGAUGAAGGAACAUUGAAUGAUGGACCGAAAGCGCGUACUUGCUAUGUGGUAUUUUCACCGACGCCGAAAAAAGAGGCACAAGGAGCGCUGCUAUCAACACCACCGAGUCCAAUCACCGUACAUCCAGUCCCCGCACCUGAGCACCUCUUCCGCGUCUGAACUGUGGACAGAAACUUCUUUGGGUGAGGUGGACAAACAAUUAGCACCACUAAAAGAACAGCUGUCCAGUCUGGAUUCUGCAGUUCACAGAAUGGAUAACGAGAACCCUCUUGUGCAACCUGAAACUAUUGUUCUUCCAACUAUCAAAGAAGAAUAUGUGGAAAAUGUGAAACAAGAAGAGGUGGAAGAUGAAACAUACAUUGAACAGGAGCCAGAAGUAAUGGUGAAGGUGGAAGUAGAGGAUGAUGUGACAGUUAAAGAGCAACCACAACCUCUGACCCAGGAAUAUCUGCUGGAACACACAGGUGACAAUGGAGAAUCUACUCAGAUAGCCACAGUUGAAUUUUUUCAAACGAACAACGUGACUGGUAAUGUUCACACCGUCCCAAUAUAUCAUUGUAAAAUAUGCAGAAUUGGGUUUACUGAGUCAAAACUGUUCAACAAACAUUGCCGCAGUGAACAUGGGCAGACUAAGGUUAUACACAGAUUUAACUGUGCAUUUUGUGGCAAGAAUUUUAUUGAUGAGCAGAAACUUCGUAAACACCUGCGUGCGCAUACAGGAGAGAAACCAUUCACCUGUGAAAUUUGUCAGAAACAUUUUGCUCAGAAUGAAAACCUUCAGGUUCAUAUGCGUACCCACAGAGGGGAGAGGCCUUACACCUGUGACGCCUGUUCACGGAGUUUCACAACGAGGUCAGCACUGGUGACACAUUACCGCACUCACUCGGGUGAGAGGCCAUACCAGUGUCCUGAGUGUGGUAAAGCUUUUACAACAAGCAGCUACCUUCUUGUGCAUCGUCGCAGUCAUUCUGAUGAGAAACCUUUUCAGUGUGAACUUUGUGAGAAGUACUUUAAGACUCGCCAAUUAGUGAAGAAGCAUCAGGUGUCUCAUACUGAUCGAAAGUUUGAAUGCGGUGACUGCAAAAAGACUUUCAAACAGAAGAAGUCAUAUAAACUCCAUUCCAAGAUAGGUUGCCGUGUUGAUAAGGAGUUCAGAUGCAGCUACUGUGGGAAGCGGUCUGCUGACAGGAGUGGCUUGACCAGACAUCUGCGACUGCACACAGGGGAGAAACCUUAUGCAUGUGAUGUGUGUGGUGCACGCUAUUCUGAUUCAACUGCCCUAAAAAGCCAUAAAAGGAAUCAUACAUCAGAGAAACCUUAUCAUUGCGAUGAAUGUAAUCUAUUCUUCAAGUCUCCUAAUAACCUGAGUAGACAUAGGAAGAACAUACACUCGAAGAAACCAGAAUAAAGUGAUGUGACAGUAAUGCAUAUAAAGAUAAAUUUCUUACAGAUAUUUCACUGAUGUUAAUUCUCUUCUCGGGUUGCUACACCAUGUUGUCAUGGGCUGUUGCCAAUGU